AUGAGCGGUAAUGAGAUUAGUACGGAGCGGAAAUUGGAAAUUAUGCAGCUAGAAAUGAAUAGCUUUGUAAUGCGAUUAGAACCGCGAAUGCGUGCUCGAUUCAAUGAUUCACUUCGAAAGGUGCUCGUUGAAAGUUUAUUGGAUGGGACUGUGUUUGCGAUUGUCGAAUCACUCAGUGAUUUGCAGCGCAUGAAUGAAACACAGCUUUACAAUGAUCGUCAGCAACGACUGAUGGAAUUGCAGUGCGUUCCUGAUUUGGAUGAACAAAUGAAGCAAAUUGAUAUUAAUAUUGUCACGGAGCUCGACAAGAUAGUAGCGCAACAACAAGAUACGUUAUGCCGUGCUGGUGUUCCAGCAUUUCACAUCACAACUAGUCCUCGAGAAAUUGAAUUGCAGAUGGCAAUUAUUAGUUUUAUUUUAACAGAUGUUAUUGAUUUCAAAUUGGGUGGGAAAGUUGAAGAUCUCUAUGUAUUAUCAUUGGGUUUACGGUCAACUUGUCACACUAUGGGUUUGAUUGAUAAACCAAUCAUUGUUGAUGGAAAAGAUCAUCUUUUGGGACGACUGGCAUCAGUUAUCGCUAAGCAGCUUCUCCUCGGUCAGAAAAUUGUUGUUGUGCGAUGCGAGGAUAUCGCCAUUUCUGGUAAUUUUCAUCGUUCCAAACUGAAGUUUAUGAGUUUUUUGCGUAAACGAUGUAACGUUAAACCGGCGCGUGGUCCCUAUCACUUCCGUGCACCAAGUCGUAUAUUCUGGAGAACAGUCCGUGGCAUGUUGCCACAUAAAACACAUCGCGGAAAGGCGGCGCUGCUUCGUUUGAAAGCAUUCGAUGGCAUUCCGCAACCUUAUGAUCGAGUUAAACGACAAGUUCAUCCCGCAGCUCUGCGGCAUUUGGCGCUGAAACCGCGAAGGAAGUACUGCACAGUUGGACGUCUUGCACAUGAGGUGGGUUGGCAGUACCGUGAUGUGGUCGCAAAACUGGAAGCCAAAAGAAAAGUUAAAAGUGCUGCAUUUUAUGAGCAUAAAAAGAUGAAAUCGAAGCUAUUGGCACAGGCAUUGAAAUCAGAUCUUGUUAAAAAUUCAUCUUAUCAAAAGCUGAUAGAAUCUUAUGGUUAUCAAUUAUUGGAUGAGAAGAAGUACGAUAUUAUUGCGAUUGAAUGCGAAGAUUUGAGCUCUCCCGCUUUUUUACAAUUGUGCAUUGUUGAUUAUGCGAUGAAGAAGAACGUAAAGAUUAUCUAUGUAUCGGCAACACGAAGUAUGCUAGCCUUUAAAAUUUACCAACUGAUGUUUACUAGGGUAAUGGCAAGCAAAGUGAUGAUACGAUUAUCGGAAAAGCUGAAAUUUUUGCCGGUGAACCAGUUUCUCCCUCAUGGCUUUAUUAAGGAUGAUGAUGACACAUUAUUUGCUUGUCUUUUGGAGGAUAUCAACAGACAUAUUGAAGAAGGCGACAAUGAAGUAUUCAUUAUAUUUGAUAAUUUUACAGUGUUUUGUGAUUUUGCUAAUGCUGCCUCACAUAUUCCCGGAUUUAUACGACGUCUGCAACAGCUCAGUAAGAAUUUAGAAAUCAAAUUGAUGAUAACUUUCCAGUCGAAAGACCAAAUUUCGAAUAUUAUCCUCCAUGAAAGUGAUAUUAUUAUAAGGAUAAAACGUGUUGGAAAUGGUUUUGCCAAAGAUGUCACUGGGCAGUUGCACGUGAUAGAGCGCAAUGAUAAAACGCCAUACUCAGAAAACAUUUUCAAUUACCAUCUGAGCGAUCGAUCCGCACGACUUUUUCUUCCCGGAAUGUCAAGGCCGGAAUUAUGA